AUGGAAGAAGAAAAAAUAAACUUGAGAUUAGAUGCGGAUGUCCAGAAACUUGAGGCAGAAAGGUUAAGAAAAGGUAAAACUAAAGCCGAUGAGGAUCUCGAUAGCUUGAAGACAUGUUAUAAGAAGCUGCGCUUAUCGAUGAGAACUACCGGGUUGGGAAAAACUUGGGAGCAGUGGCGUGAAGAGAUUCAAGAAGAAAAGAAUAAAGCCGAUAGCUGGGAAAGGAAGUUCCAAGAAGUCCAGACACAAAAUGAGGCUCUAAAGAAGAGAUUGUCAGAGAACCAAAAGGAAAAAGGAGAACUAGAGAAUAGGGUGAUUGAGUUAGAAGGAUCUCUCCAUCGGCAUCGAAAUCAAAAUUCUUAUCUGGAAGCUAAUGAAGAUCGUCAGAUUGAACAGCUGCACCACUUACAGAACCAAGUCAGGAAUAGAGAUCAUAUUAUGGGAGAAGCUGUGGUUCAGAUUCGAGAGGUAGCUGAUCACCUGCAGAUUUUGGCAGUGCAAGCUGAUACGCUGAGCAUGAAAUAUGAAUUGGAAUCAGAUCGGGGACAGGAGUUAACCUCGUUACUUAAGAAGAUUAGAGUUCUAAGCAUUAGGGCUAAGCCGUAUCUGUAA